UGGCUCCGGUGCGGCCUCAGUCAGCGGUGGACAGGCUGCCGGACCGACCGAAGGCCAACCGGUAGGCUCAGUCGGAGUGUCGCCUGCGCUUCUGAGAAACUGGGUGGCCCCGGAGAGGGUGGAGACGACUGUGACAGGCUUCCCGGCUCCCCGAACUAAGAGUGGUGUGGGCUGCAGGAAGUAGAGAGGAAGAGGAGCUGGAGGGGGCAGCCCCGGCCGCGGCUAACGGCCUCCCUGGGCGCUGACCCGCUGGGCCGGCGAGCGACUCGCUCGGGAGUUCGCGCCGCCGCCUCGACCGCGCGGCUCCUGGGCCGGGACUUGCGGCGCCUGGGCGAGGAGCUGCUGCCCGGGCGCUGGGAGAGGCCGGACGCUCGCCGCCGAGGGAUGUGAGUGGGAACCGGAAUCGCACCGGAGGGCCCCGGAGGUCCCAGCCUGGCGGACGCUCGGACCCGUGUCGGCUCCCGGGGCUUCGCAGACCUUGGCCGGCCGGAGGCGCCUGGUAGGAGCAGCCUGUGGGCUUGGGGGCGCGUCCCCGUCGCCGAUCGUGCAGCGGGUUUCAGAAACAGGCAAAGGAACAAGAUGUGAACUGGUUUUUUUUUUUUUCCUGCAGAAAAAGAGGCCCCUCCUCCUCUUCCCGUGAAGGCAAAUGUUUUGAAAAAGACUCUGCAUGGAAAUGGCUUGCCUUACAAUGACAGAAAUGGAAGGAACAUGCACAUCUCCUAUACAUCAGAAUGGUGAUAUUCCUGGAAUUGCUGAUUCUGUGAAACAAAUAGAUCCAGUCCUACAGGUGUAUCUUUAUCAUUCCCUUGUGAAAACUGAGGGCGAUUACCUGAAGUUUACAAAUGGGGAGUAUGUUGCAGAAGAAAUUUGUGUUGCUGCUUCUAAAGCCUGUGGAAUCACACCAGUGUAUCAUAGUAUGUUUGCUUUAAUGAGUGAAACAGAAAGGAUCUGGUAUCCGCCCAACCACGUCUUCCAUAUAGAUGAUUCAACCAGGCAUAAUGUACUCUACAGAAUAAGAUUUUACUUUCCUUACUGGUAUUGUAACAGCAGCAACAGAACCUAUCGGCAUGGAAUAUCUCGAGGUGCUGAAGCUCCUCUUCUUGACGAUUUUGUCAUGUCUUACCUUUUUGCUCAGUGGCGCCAUGAUUUUUUGCAUGGAUGGAUAAAAGUACCUGUGACUCAUGAAACACAGGAAGAAUGUCUUGGGAUGGCAGUGUUAGAUAUGAUGAGAAUAGCCAAAGAAAAUGAUCAAACCCCACUGGACAUCUAUAGCUCUGUCAGCUACAAGACAUUCCUACCAAAAUGUAUUCGAGCAAAGAUCCAAGACUAUCAUAUUUUGACAAGAAAGCGAAUAAGAUACAGAUUUCGCAGAUUUAUUGAACAGUUCAGCCAUUGCAAAGCCACUGCCAGGAACUUGAAACUUAAGUAUCUUAUAAAUCUGGAAACUCUUCAGUCUGCCUUUUACACAGAGCAAUUUGAAGUAAAAGAAUCUGGAAGAGGUCCUUCAGGAUUUACAGUUAUAUUGUGAUUUUCCUGAUAUUAUUGAUGUCAGUAUUAAGCAGGCAAACCAGGAAAGCUCAAAUGAAAGCAGAAUUGUAACUAUCCAUAAGCAAGAUGGUAAAAGUCUGGAAAUUGAACUUAGUUCAUUAAGGGAGGCUUUGUCUUUUGUGUCGUUAAUUGAUGGAUAUUAUAGAUUAACUGCAGAUGCACAUCAUUACCUCUGUAAAGAAGUAGCAUCUCCAGUGGUGCUUGAAAAUAUACAAAGCAACUGUCAUGGUCCAAUUUCAAUGGAUUUUGCCAUAAGUAAACUGAAGAAAGCAGGUAAUCAGACUGGACUCUAUGUACUGCGAUGCAGUCCUAAGGAGUUUAACAAAUAUUUUUUGACGUUUGCUGUUGAGCGAGAAAAUGUCAUUGAAUAUAAGCACUGUUUGAUUACAAAAAAUGAGAAUGGAGAAUAUAACCUCAAUGGGACUAAGAAGAACUUCAGUAAUCUUAAAGAUCUUUUGAAUUGCUACCAGAUGGAAACUGUUCGCUCAGACAAUAUAAUUUUCCAGUUUACAAAAUGCUGUCCCCCAAAGCCAAAAGAUAAAUCAAACCUUCUAGUUUUCAGAACGAAUAGUGUUUCUGAUGUACCAACCUCACCAACAUUACAGAGGCAUAAUAAUGUGAACCAAAUGGUGUUUCACAAAAUCAGAAAUGAAGAUUUAGUAUUUAAUGAAAGCCUUGGCCAAGGCACUUUUACAAAAAUUUUUAAAGGUGUAAGAAGAGAAGUAGGAGACUAUGGUCAACUGCAUGAAACAGAAGUUCUUUUAAAAGUUCUGGAUAAAGCACAUAGAAACUAUUCAGAGUCUUUCUUUGAAGCAGCAAGUAUGAUGAGCCAGCUUUCUCACAAGCAUCUGGUUUUAAAUUAUGGAGUAUGUGUCUGUGGAGAGGAGAAUAUUCUGGUUCAGGAGUUUGUGAAAUUUGGAUCACUAGAUACAUAUUUGAAAAAGAAUAAAAAUUCUAUAAAUAUAUUAUGGAAACUUGAAGUGGCUAAACAAUUGGCAUGGGCCAUGCAUUUUCUAGAAGAAAAAACCCUUAUUCAUGGGAAUGUGUGUGCCAAAAAUAUUCUACUUAUCAGAGAAGAAGACAGGAAGACAGGAAAUCCUCCUUUCAUCAAACUUAGUGAUCCUGGUAUUAGUGUUACAGUUUUGCCAAAGGACAUUCUUCAGGAGAGAAUACCAUGGGUACCACCUGAAUGCAUUGAAAAUCCUAAAAGUUUAAACUUGGCAACAGACAAAUGGAGUUUUGGUACCACUUUGUGGGAAAUCUGCAGUGGAGGAGAUAAGCCUUUGAGUGCUUUGGAUUCUCAAAGAAAGCUACAAUUUUAUGAAGAUAGGCACCAGCUUCCUGCACCAAAGUGGACAGAAUUAGCAAAUCUUAUUAAUAAUUGUAUGGAUUAUGAACCAGAUUUUAGACCUUCUUUCAGAGCCAUCAUACGAGAUCUUAAUAGUUUGUUUACUCCAGAUUAUGAACUAUUAACAGAGAAUGACAUGUUACCAAAUAUGAGGAUAGGUGCCCUAGGGUUUUCUGGUGCUUUUGAAGACCGAGACCCUACUCAGUUUGAAGAGAGACACUUGAAAUUUCUACAGCAACUUGGCAAAGGUAAUUUUGGGAGUGUUGAGAUGUGCCGGUAUGACCCUUUACAAGACAACACUGGGGAGGUGGUGGCUGUGAAAAAGCUCCAGCACAGUACUGAAGAGCACCUCAGAGACUUUGAAAGGGAAAUUGAAAUCCUUAAGUCCCUGCAGCAUGACAACAUUGUGAAGUACAAGGGAGUGUGCUACAGUGCUGGCCGGCGUAAUCUAAGAUUAAUUAUGGAAUAUUUACCAUAUGGAAGUUUACGAGACUAUCUCCAAAAGCAUAAAGAACGAAUCGAUCAUAAAAAACUUCUGCAGUAUACAUCCCAAAUAUGCAAGGGUAUGGAGUAUCUUGGUACAAAAAGGUAUAUCCACAGGGAUCUGGCAACAAGGAAUAUAUUGGUAGAGAAUGAAAACAGAGUUAAAAUUGGAGAUUUUGGGUUAACCAAAGUCUUGCCACAAGACAAAGAAUACUACAAAGUGAAAGAACCUGGUGAAAGUCCUAUAUUCUGGUAUGCCCCAGAAUCACUGACAGAGAGCAAGUUUUCUGUGGCCUCAGAUGUUUGGAGCUUUGGAGUGGUUCUGUAUGAACUUUUCACAUAUAUUGAGAAGAGUAAAAGUCCACCAGCGGAAUUCAUGCGUAUGAUUGGCAAUGACAAACAAGGACAGAUGAUUGUGUUUCAUUUGAUAGAACUCUUGAAGAAUAAUGGAAGAUUACCAAGACCAGAUGGAUGCCCAGAUGAGAUUUAUGUGAUCAUGACAGAAUGCUGGAAUAACAAUGUAAAUCAACGCCCCUCUUUCAGACACCUAGCUCUUCGAGUUGAUCAAAUAAGGGACAACAUGACUGGAUGAAAGAAAUGAACUUUACUCUGAGACUAAAAUAAAGUUAGAGAACAAAAUUUUGUAUUUCACAUUGCUGUGGACUAUUAUUACAUAUACCAUUAUUAUGUAUAUCAUGAUGCUAGCCACAACGAUGUGGAAAUAUCUGCUCAAAACUUUCAAAGUUCAGUGAGUUUUUAUGAGGACACCAGUAAAAGAAAUUGAUGAAAAGUUCUUGGCAAAGAAUUUUGUAAAAAGUUUCAUGAAUCUAAUCAGUCAGUUAACAUCACCUUGCUUUGGCAAGAGGAAAAAAAUUAGACGUUUUUUAAACUCAGAAUUUUGAGAGAUGAAAAAAUUGUAAUAUAAAUUUUGCAAUGCUAAAGAUACACAGAAUAUGUAUGUACAGUUUUUACCACAAUGAAUGUAUAAUACCUUGGCAUCUUGUGUGAUGUUUUACAUGAGGCCUGGUAUUCAUUAAUGGUGUUUUCUAAUUUUUCCAUAGUUGAUCUAUAACUUCACUAUACAAACAAAUUAAGAUGCUCAGAUAAUUGAAUAAGCACCUUUGUGUUCUUGUUCAUCUAUAUCACUGGCCAGCAAUGUAAGCAGGUGUACACUUAUCGCUUGUCGGUCUAUGUACUGUAAAUAUUUUUCAAAGAAAAGGGAACAAAUGUUUAGUUUUAUUUGUAUAGGAAAUCUCCCUGACUCUAAAUUUUGAAAUGGAACAAGUUUACAAAGCUGUAACACAAUCUAUUUUCUUAUUUGUCUCCCUUGUAUCUAUUUGUGAUGAGUAUGUUUUUUGUUUUUAAAAUAGAACUGUCUCUAAGUUUUUCUAAGACUAUAGUAAAUAGUUUUCUUUUAAAAAUUUGAGAUUACGAAUACAGGAAUAUUGUCAUCCCUUGAGCUGUUGGCUGCCAAUGAGAUUUUUUAAUCCCUGGAACCUAUAAUCAUGCAUUAAAUUUAAGUGUAAGCCAUAAGAUACAUUGUUUUUUAAAUGUGUAAACCUAUUAAGAUUCAUAAUGUGGGUUAGGAAUUUUUAUUUUCUAAAGACUAUUUUAGGGAUUUUAGAAAUCUCUAUUGUAGUCACAGAAGAAAUUUUCUCUUGUUAGAGAGUCUUAUAUACAAGGGAAAAAUGAGAGUAAAUUGGUGAAAAAGUAUGCUUGUUAUUUUAUUUAAGAAUGCCAGUAGAAAAUUCAUAAUAUGCCAUUAAGAAAAAUGAGAAUAUAC